CCGGAUGUAUUUUACUGACAUUUUGGAUGAUUUCUCAGACAGUCGUCGUGCUAUACUUGCAAAAUGCAUAGUAUUCUUUUGCUAUGUUUUUUGAUUGGUUUUUGUGUUGUAUCAACGUUGCCAGAAAAGAAAAACCAAGCAUUCAACAUCUGGACGGCAAGUUCCUGCCAGCAAGUGACCACUCUCCUACGGACGAAGAGUGGAGUGUUGCAGAAACUUAAAAAGAAUGUUGUAGAGAUACAGAAGAGUCUCAAACUAUCGGAAGAAGAGAAGAAGACGCGUUUGUCUGUUCUAAACAUCUUUUCUGAUGAACUGGACGCGUCUGAGAGUUCUAUCUUUAGUUCGCUGAUGGCGUUGAGAGCAGCGCUAAAAGGGAACUUCCGCUCAUUGGACGAGUUAAAACGGAGCAGUACUAGGAGACUGGACGCACUGAAAGCCGCUGCAGUUCAAGAAGAAGAAAGGUUCAAUGCAAUUCUUGAAGCAGAAAAACACGGAUUUGAAUUGAAAAACGCUAAAUUGAAAAACCAACAUUUGAAUCACUCAAGCGUUGCAGAGAAAUUUCUUGAUGAGAUGUUGGCAGAAGUAGCUGAAGCUGCGGAUAAACUGGAGCUCAGUUUACAGGAGAAUGUGUUUGAAUCUGUAGCAAAGUCGAAGGAUGUGGAACUGGAGACAGUUGUGAAGAUUCCAGAGCACUUAGUCCAACGGGGAAAUGAGACUUAUCAUGACCAUCAUGAAGGAGAGGAUGAUGAAGUUAUUCGUCUUGUUGAUUCUCAAAGCAAUCAGUACAUAUUGACUAAAGCCAAAGAUAGUACUGUACCUCAUGAAGACCACUAUUUUAUUCACGAUCUUAUUUACUUACUGUUGACAUGUUGUGUGUUGGGACUAUUGUGCUCGAAGCUUGGCAUCCCAACUAUGUUUGGAUAUGUUCUCAGUGGAGUGCUGUUUGGACCUUCAGGAUUGGGAGCAAUUACGGCUGUUGUACAGGUUGAAACAAUUGGUGAAUUUGGAGUUUAUUUUAUGUUGUUUGUUGUUGGUUUGGAGUUUUCCCCGGGCAAGCUUAGGAAGGUGUUGAUUAUUGCCGUAACAGGGAGUAUUGCUAUUGUGAUCCUGAUGAUUUGUGGAGGCCUGAUUGUUGGCUACCUCGUUGGCAUUCAUCAAUUACAAAGUUCCUUUGUUGCUGCUUGUUUGUCUCUAUCAAGUACACCUCUUGUGGUGAAAUUUAUGCAACAGAGUAGUACCCAUUUGAUUUUACCUACAAAAGGUCACAAUUCUGAUACCUCGGAGGUUGGAAGCACUUUAGUUGGGCUUCUUGUCAUGCAGGAUACCCAGUUAGCUCUCAUUAUUGCUAUUCUUCCAUCUCUUGCUACAAAUGUUGUUGGUACCGACUCUGAUAUUCACACAAGCAGUCCAUCUACAGAAAAUACUAUAUCUACUGCUGUAAUGUUUACGUUGUUGUCAUUGGUUGGCCUUGUACUCAGCUCUUUCAUCUUGUCGAAGUUGCUAAUGAUUGCAAUUACACGGCAGGCAUUUAGAUUAGAGAACAGGGAAAUCUGUUUGUUGUUUGCACUGCUGUCAUGUCUGCUGGCACUGGUGAUCACUGACAGGGCAAACAUGUGUAUGGAGUUGGGGUGCUUUCUUGCUGGCCUUGUUGUUAGUUCACAAAGUAAAGAAUUCUGUGAGAAGAUCUUCAAUGUGAUGGAACCUGUGAAAGACAUGUUUUCUGCAGUCUUUUUUGCAUCUAUUGGAUUUCACAUAUUUCCUACGUUUCUGCAAGAAGAAUGGCUAAUGCUAUUUGUUUUGACAUACUGUGUGAUAACAUUUAAGUGGGUUGUUAGCUUUGGGGUUCUGUCUUUUCUGAUGGGUCGACAGAAUAGAGCUGCUUGGGUUGUAGCAGCUGGCUUGGCACAAGUUAGUGAGUUCUCAUUUGUGCUGAGUAGUCGAGCACGAAGACUCAAGAUGCUGUCACGAGAGGCAUACUUGCUUAUAUUGAGCAUUACAACACUUAGCUUGGCUAUGGCUCCCAUUUUGUGGCAGUUGUGCAUUAAGCAAAUUGGUCGACAGGCAGCAUCUAAAAGCAUUCGAUGAUGUCAACAUUUGUUCCAAGUAGUACAUAAUUGUUAUUUUAUACAUAUAUCAGUACAGUACGGUUGAUUUUCGAGUGAGAUUGUUUAAUUACAUGUAAAUUAUUGAGAGGAACUGAUAGAUAGACUGAUAGUUAAAACAGAAGAGAUUCAGAUGAAAGAACAUUAACAUGUUUGAUUA